AUGGGAGAAACAAUUACACGGACCACAACUGCCAAGUUAAUGAAAAAAGCCUUUUUGAAAGCUCUGCAGUCCAAUGAUUAUAGAACUCUAGAGGAGUUUUUGCUUCAAAAGCAAGUAGAUGUGGACACCGUGUUUGAAGUGGAAGAUGAGAAUCUGCUCUUGGCUUCCUACAAGCAAGGGUAUUGGCUGCCUAGUUAUAAAUUGCAACAUUCUUGGGCAACUGGACUACACUUAUCUGUCAUGUAUGGCCACCUGGAGAGCCUACGGGUCCUGUUGAAGCACAAGGCAACGAUCAACUGCAGACCAAAUGGGAAAGCAGCUAUCCACAUUGCCUGUGAAAUAGCCAAUCUGGAUUGUGUCAAGAUACUUUGCAGUCAUGGAGCAAAAACCAACUGCUAUUCACUAAGCGGCCUUGCACCACUGCAUUUUUGUACCACAAAGCUGUCUGUGCCUUGUGCGCAACAGUUAAUUUGGAAAGGCGCAGAUGUGAAUAUAAGGACAAACAAUCAGGAUGAAGAGACCCCCUUGCACACAGUAGCACGCUGUGGCAUCCCUGAAAUGGUGGCCUUUUACGUGCAACAGGGAGCUGUGGUGGACAGUUCCAAUGCCCACCGGGAAACCCCUCUGGCUUGUGCAGCUUACUGGGCCCUGAAUGGUAGGGAGCAGACCUACAGCACAGACCACCAUCUGAUCUGCAGGAUGCUGCUCGACUACCAUGCAGACGUCAAUUCCCGGGAUGAGGAUUUCCGGACACCGCUCCACAAGGCUGCCUGGAACUGUGACCACGUGCUGCUGGACAUGCUGCUGGAGGCAGGAGCCGAAGCCAACCUCAUGGAUGACAAUGGCUGCGCUCCUUUGCAGUACGUGCUGAAAGUGACCGGGGUGCGGCCCAGUGGCCAACCAGAUCUUUGCUAUCGGCUGCUUCUGAAUCAUGGUGCUGCCAGGAUAUAUCCUCCACAAUUCCAUAAGGUUUUGCAGGCCUGUUGCUCUUACCCCAGGGCAGUUGAGGUGAUUGUGAAUUCCUACGAACACAUCAACUCCACAGCAAAAUGGAGGACAGCUAUACCUGAUGAGGUCCUUGAGACGUACCUGGAUUUCUAUGAAUCUCUUUUUGAGGCCUGUGCAAAUACACCAAGAUCACUCAAACAUUUGGCCAGAUGUGCUAUUCGAAGAAUAUUGUUCCAUACAUGCCACAAAGUGAUUCCUUCACUUUUAAUUCCAGAUACACUGAAGAAGUAUUUGCUCUUAGAACCAGAAGGAAUAAUAUACUAA